AUGCAGCUCAACGAAGGCGGGAAAUACAGACUUAUCAACGUCGAGGGCGGCACACUCCUUGAUCUCUCAAAGACCGACGAUAUUUCGAUCGUUGGGUGGGAAAACAAUGAAGGCGAUAAUCAGAAGUGGAUCCUUGGAAAAAAUGCAACUGGACAAUGGACCUUCCGAAACGUUGAACGGCCGACUAUAUUCCUAGGAAUCACCACGUUCCCUGGCGUUGCCAACAGCGCAACCCUUCAAGACGGAACACGGUUGGCAGGUGUUCCUGAACCGAUUGGAUGGGAUGUUUGGCCAGAUGAUGAUGAUCCGGUUUAUUUCAGAAUCUCGCGCCCUGGCGGUUUCAUGCCGGACUUGAAUGUCGAUUUGGCAAACGGGAAGCCAAAGAAUGGAACACCUAUUGUGCUCUGGACUAAGAAACCGAAUACUGGGAAGAAGGUCAAGAAGAACCAAUUGUGGAUCUUUCAGUCGGUAAUUUAA